GUCAGCAGCGCCCAGGCUUCUGCAAUGGAAGACAUUGUUGAUCGCAGAAGACUGGCCUCGGCUUCGUGCUGCGGGAGUUCGAUUCCGUGCGUCGCCUGUGGCGCGCCCUCUUUGCGCGCUCACCAUCAUCGUGUCCAUACUGAUCUCGUCGAUACGAAAUAGGCGGUAUGACCAUUUGCGAUGGGUUCUCGAGCAACCUCCCGGGGUGUCUUUGUGGCUUUAAUCCCAACAUUCAUGCUAUCCGACGUAGCCUUGUGUCAAUUUUGCUUGUAUCAGCGCUGGUAUCCUGAAGACAGGAGACGCGUGAAGGCUACAAUCUACGUUGUGAUGUUCCUGGAGAUCGUACACACCAUUGCUUGCGCAGUCAUGUUAUAUACCUACUCGGUCCAAUGGCAUGGUAUGGCGGCGAAAAUCAAUGUGCUUCAUUGGACCGCUGCAAUCACGUCCCCGCUUGAGACCUCAACUGUCAUGAUGGUUCAAUGCUUCUAUAUGCAUAGAGUUUGGCUGUUCAGUGAGAAGAAUUACAAAGUGCUGGUGAUCCCUAUGUUCCUGACCGUCGCCCGCAUUGGUAAGCCCCCUCCCACCGUACGCCGUCUCGUUGACUAUCUUGUUCACCAGCGUUGGGAUGUGGUGAGUGAUUGUGCAUUGAUGUACCCGUCCACGCUCAUAUGAUGUGCAUAGUUACUGCCGUUUGGAUGUGCGCCCGACCCUAAUUCUACAAGAUCUCCGGCUGGCUAAAACAUCCGAUAGGUUCACUGCAUUUGGCUGGCGAAACUAUCGCGAGGAUGCUACGGCAAAGAUCGUCCUGUCUGUCUCACUAGCGUG